ACUCCAACAAAGACUUAUGGGAUGGGAAAAGGACGGGCAGCUGAUCUGAAAUACAUUGAAGCAUGUGCUAGGAGGAUUGUACAAAACUCCAAUGGCUAUAAAAUUGUCACUGAGAAGAGCACGGUUCCGGUGCGUGCUGCAGAGAGCAUUCGUCGAAUAUUUGAUGCCAAUACUAAGCCGGACUUGAAUCUGCAGGUGCUAUCUAAUCCAGAGUUCCUUGCGGAGGGGACAGCAAUCAAGGACCUGAAGAACCCAGACAGGGUGCUCAUUGGUGGAGAUGACUCUCCAGAGGGUCAGAAAGCAGUCCGUGCUCUCUGUGCUGUCUAUGAGCACUGGGUACCCAAAGAAAAAAUCCUCACGACCAAUACCUGGUCAUCAGAGCUUUCUAAACUGGCAGCUAACGCUUUUCUUGCCCAACGAAUCAGCAGUAUUAACUCAAUCAGUGCUCUGUGUGAAGCUACAGGAGCAGAUGUUGAAGAAGUGGCAAGAGCUAUUGGAACAGACCAAAGAAUUGGAAAUAAGUUUCUCAAAGCCAGCGUUGGGUUUGGAGGUAGCUGUUUUCAGAAGGAUGUUCUAAAUUUAGUGUAUCUCUGCGAGGCAUUGAACUUACCUGAGGUAGCCCGUUACUGGCAACAGGUAUGAG